AUGGCGCCGGACGGCCUCGUGACGCCACCCCAACCUCGACUUCCUCCUCGGGCCCCGGCGGCCACCGCUUCGAUCUGCGCCGCCUCGAGCUCCUCCGGCGUCCCCGGGCCUUCUCGUCAAAGCUCCGUAGCUGCCACUGAUGCCCGCCACGACACCGGUCGGCGCCGUGGCGACCAUCCGCCGGCGAACUGCCCCUACAAGACCCCGGUGCCCCCCACUAACCCUAGCGCGCCCCUCCCUCUCCCUCUCUCUGACCCACCUCCUCCAGAUCCAACCGCGCCCAAUGCCACCGCCGUGCGCCGCUCGAUCCCGCGGCCACCGUCCACCCCUUGCGUCGUCGACAAGUCCAGGAGCACCUUAGCGCCGUCCUCUUCCUCGACGUCGAGCCACAGGGCGCCGGACGGCCUCGUGACGCCACCCCAACCUCAAAUUCCUUGGGCUCUGGCGGCCACCGCGUCGAUCUGCACCGCCUCGAGCUCCUACGGCGUCCCCGGGCCUUCUCGUCAACGCUGUGAGCACACACGCGCGCUCCCCUCUGCCCCCUCCAUUUUUGCUAUCGUAGCUAGCCCCGCCACCACGCCUGCUCGCUACUGCUGCCGCCGCAGCCGCCUACGGUCGUCCGCGCGCACUCCCAUAACUACGGCCACCCAGGGCCACACCCUACUCCCCCCGCCCAGCUACCCGCCUACAACGCCGUCCCCUGCUCACUCGCGCGCCCGGCCGCGGCGGCUCUGCCCGACCGCGCCCUCCACCCGCUGGAGCUCCCCGUCGUGCUGCUCGCUCGCGUCGGCCGUCGCUGCCUUCUUCCCCUGCUGCUGCCUGCGCUUUCCAGCACUCGUGCGCGAGGCCUCGACCCGGCCAACUGCCACUGGCGCCCGCGACCACUGCCCCUUUGCCGCGCCCGCCUCGCUGUUGCGCCCUCCCCGCACCGCACGUCGCGCCCCGGCUCACGACGCUGCGGUUGCUGGAUCUCCUGCCGCCGAUGUGCCCCGCUGCCGCUGCCUUGCUGCUCCGCCGGCGCCUGACCGCACCUGCCGAGCCGAGCCGCUGUCGCCCCGCCGCUCGCCUGCGCCGCAGCCGUCCCGCGCCGUUCCACACGUGAUGCUGCCUGCUGCUGCCGCUCUGGGCUACCGCCGUUAG